GCCUCGGGUGCUGAGGCCGGCGGCGGGCGGACUGACUGGCGGGGAGGGAUGGGCGUGAGCGCGGAGCCGCCGAGCCUCGCGGUGGCCGGGGCCGGGCUGGCGACCCCCGUGAUCGAGAAGGCGCGCUCUGCGCUGCUGCCGCCGCAGGACGUGGAGGACACGGUGGAGACGCUCAUGGUACACCCUGUGAUCAAGGCAUUCCUCUGCGGCUCCAUCAGUGGCACCUGCUCCACCCUCCUCUUCCAGCCUCUGGAUCUCCUCAAGACACGCCUGCAGACCCUGCAGCCCUCAGACCCCCGGUCCAGGCGUGUUGGGAUGUUGGCUGUGCUCUUGAAGGUGGUUCGCACAGAAAGUUUUCUGGGCCUUUGGAAAGGGAUGUCUCCUUCCAUUGUGAGGUGUGUCCCUGGUGUGGGGAUCUACUUUGGCACUCUGUAUUCUUUGAAGCAGUAUUUCUUUCGAGGCCAUCCUCCGAGCGCCCUGGAAUCCAUCAUCCUGGGCGUGGGCUCACGCUCUGUCGCAGGAGUCUGCAUGUCACCCAUCACAGUGAUCAAGACGCGCUAUGAGAGUGGGACUUACAGCUAUGAGAGCAUCUAUGCAGCCCUGAGGAGCAUCUAUUGCAGCGAGGGCCACCGAGGCCUCUUCAGAGGCCUCACAGCAACUCUCCUCCGUGAUGCGCCCUUUUCAGGGCUCUAUCUGAUGUUCUACAGCCAAACCAGAGCCAUGGUGCUCCGAGGCUCAGGCUCAGACCAGGUAGGCGCUGCCCUGAUGCCCCUGGUUAAUUUCAGCUGUGGGAUAUUUGCUGGCGUUCUGGCUUCACUGGUGACUCAACCUGCAGAUGUGAUCAAGACCCAUAUGCAGCUCUCCCCAGGGACGUCUCAGUGGAUUGGCCAAGCGGCCACCCUCAUCUUCAAGAACCACGGCCUGCGUGGCUUCUUCCAUGGCAGUGUUCCCCGGGCCCUCCGCAGAACUCUGAUGGCUGCCAUGGCAUGGACUGUCUAUGAAGAAAUGAUGGCCAGGAUGGGGCUGAAGUCCUGACCGGUGAGCGCCAGGGAGGAAGGUCUGCCUGGUUCCCGCCAGGGGCCGCUGCAGCUCACCGGAGUCUGGCGAAGGAAGCCUGAAGAAUCAGGCAUAAGUGCCCUUGCCUUUAGGCCCCAUUUAGGGAGAGGGGAGGACUGACUGGAGCCCCCAGGGCCUCAGAAGCGAGGUCACCGAUGCCACAGCUCCAGACACACUCCAGCAGCCGACACACAGGAGCCUGGGGUCGAACUCGGUUGUCCCACAAGGCUACAAGAGAGACCUGUGCCGGACUGGUCUGUCUCAGCCACCUACCUACGUCACAAGGCCCCUUAGCUAUGCCUGUAAGCGGGGAUUCCACGGCAGAGAAGCUGUGGGCUCCUGCCAUGUCUGAGGGCGGGAGGCUCAAGGCAGACAAGACUGGACCUGUGAGAGCUGUCGUGGACCAGUGAGACGGCUCAGCAAGUGAAGGCGCUGUCAGAUGGCCUAUGGUGGAUCCCAGGACCCAUGGAGGACAGAACCAGCUCCUGCAAGUUGUCCUCUGGGCUCCCCGUGCACACUGCUGCACCCAUACCCAAUAUGUAAACAAACAGUUCCUUUUUUAAAUAAAGACAUCAACAGAC